AUGAAGUCCAUGAGGUCCUUUCUCAGGCGCUCGUCGCAGGUUUUUGCACUUAUCGUGGAGAUUUUCUUCUUCCUCCUCGCGCGCCUCGUGGGAAUUCUGCCCAUCACGCUGGACGCGCAGGAGGGAAAAGUCCGCAUGAGUGUCCUUCUGGUGCUGUACUCGCUGGCGCUCGCCGUUGUGAUCACCAUCACGGUGCCCGUGAGCAUCGUGGUGCUGCUGCAGAUGAUGAAUGUCUUCGACGACACCAUGAUGCUCGUCGUGUCCAUCAUCGAGUACUUCAUGGCUUACGGCGUGGCCGUCGUGGUGCUCUUCACCAACAUCUACAUGGCGAGUCGCAUGGCAAGAGUGGUGAACAUCGGCUUUCCCAUGUACAAGAGUCUGCCGCAGGUUGCCGUGGAGAAAUUGCGGCGUCGCUUCUACAUUUACGUCUUGGUGAUGACUUUUGCCGGAAUCUCCUCGAGCGCCAUGAAUAUUGCGCUGGUGAGCAAGAACAGCGACGCACUGUCCUUCUUCCUGCACGUCCUGUACUGCACAGCCAUCCCCAUCACGAUCCUCACCACGUUCGUGAGUCUUUACUACGGCGGCAUGCUGAUGGUGAUUGAGAAGUUCAAGCAUCUCAAUCGACGUCUCGUGGCCGUGAUCGAUCAGCUGGACGACGUGGUGGACAUUUAUGACGACAAGCGGCGCUCCUACAAGAUCACAAAGUCCUGCGAGCUGUCGGACGCCUUGGAUGCGCUGUCCAUCGAGCACGACGAGAUCUGUCGCUUCGCCGUGAAGUUCAACGAGCUGGGCUCGGUGCAGAUGCUGGUGUUCAUCCUGAACGCCUUCCUCAGCAUUGUGUCGCAGGCUUUCUUCUCCUACGUCAACAUCGUCAUGUCCAUGCGGCGGAAUGAGUCCUUCCACGUGAACCUCAUCGGCGGCAUGGCUUACGCCAUCGUGAAUGCGGUGCUGCUCUUUGUCAUCGUCAAUGCCACUUCUGAGGCCAUCAACAGGGCCAAAGCCACGGGCGUUCUGCUGCACAAAGUCGUCGCCGGCUGCCUAGACAUCCGUCUCGAGCGCAGUAUUGAGAUCUUCUCCAUUCAGCUGCUCAACCAGAGCCUCGACAUCACGGCGUGCAAAAUGUUUACCCUCAACUUUGGCCUUAUUUACUCUGUUGUCGGCGCAGCGACGAGCUAUUUGAUCAUCCUCGUGCAAUUCGAAAUGAUGCGGCCGUCGAGAAAUUAG